AGGCCGGCCUUGGUCUUCUUGCAUUCCACUUGCCUUUGGUUCAGUUUGAGCUGUAGUUGCCAAAAUGAGACUGGGCGUGCUUCUACUGCUGUCAGUGCUUUGGACGGCACAAGGAUUUCCUGCACAUAAAAGUUGCGUCGGAGGACCAGGCGGUCCCCCUGGUUUCGUCAGUUUAGCUUUCCAACCAGUGGUAUUUGUACCUGUCUACCUGGCUUCACCGGCAACUGGUCGUCCAUGCGGCCAUGGACGGGGAGGUGAUGGAGACAAUCAAGGAAAUGGUGGUGAUGGAGGCAAUAGAGGAAAUGGUGGUGAUGGAGGCAAUGGAGGAAAUGGUGGUGAUGGAGGCAAUGGAGGAAAUGGUGGUGAUGAAGGCAAUGGAGGAAAUGGUGGUGAUAGAGGGAAUCAAGGAGACGGUGGAGAAAAUGGAGGAAGUGGAAGCGGUGCCGGAAGUGGAGGAAGCGGUGCAAGUGGAAGUGGAGGAAGCGGUGCAAGUGGAAGUGGAGGAAGCGGUGCAAAUGGAAGUGGAAGUGGCACCCGAAGUGGUGGAAGCGGAAGUGGUGCUGGAAGUGGAGGAAGCAGUGGAAGUGGAAGUGGCACCACAAAUGGAAGCGGAAGUGGAAGUGACAACGGUAGCGGAAGUGGAAGUGACAGCAGCAGCGGAAGUGGAAGUGACAGCGGCAGCGGAAGUGGAAGCGGUAGCAGCAGCGAUAUUGAAAGCGGAAGUGGAGUCUCGCCCUAGAAAGGCAAGACGACCACCAAGAGGUCCAGACGACAACUCGGGUAAACCUCAAGGGCCGGCUUCGGGAAGUUGACCUCUGGCGAGUCUUCGCUCGAACUAACCAUUUGAAAUUUCAGAUUGGACGUCUAUGAUUGCCAUUGUCUUUAAGUAGAGGUCAAACCUGGGAAUGUUUAAAUCCUGAUUCCAUUUUUUCGGUAUUUGCUUGAAUGUGAUUAGAUAAUGAAGAGCUAUCCGA